CUCGAAGCAUAAAUUCAUUCAUAAACCGUAUGCGCUCGUGUACCAUAGAACAGUCAGCGAUCGUGUAUAGCAUGCUUCUUCAUAAACGACACCGUCAGCCAAAGAGAUUCAGAAAUGGCGGUUCGUCUCUUUAGGGUUUUACAGAGGUUUUAACCAAAAGCCAGAGCUGUUUCAUGGCAUAAUUGAUUCUCUUUAUGAAGACUCGGGCCCUAUUUCACUGACAAGUCCGCUAUAAUGGCGAGCAAUUAUUGCUUCAGCGCUCUGCAUCAUAACUCCCCGUUUUUUAAAAUGCGCUUGUCAACAAAACAAGCUUCACCUAAACUUCUGCUCAAAUUCGAUAUCUCCAUUGCUUCUUCUCAUAAAAUGAGCUUCGAAUUGGGUUAUGGAGCUACCUGGUUUUUCAAAAACAGAGUCGGAAUUCAAAAUCCACGCUUCGCUUUGAAAGGGAAGAAGCGAUUAAACCUGAUUAGGGCUUCCGGUUCUGAUUAUUACUCAACUCUUAACGUUAAGAGAAAUGCAACCUUGCAAGAGAUUAAGUGUGCUUAUAAAAAGCUUGCCCGUGAGUAUCAUCCAGAUUUGAAUAGGAGCUCUGGAGCAGAAGAGAAGUUUAAGGAGAUUGGUGCUGCAUAUGAGGUGCUGUCAGAUAAUGAAAAACGAUCUACUUAUGAUCGUUUUGGUGAGGCAGGUCUAAAAGGAGAAUACCAAGGAUCUGGUGCUCGACCAUCAGGGGUGGAUCCCUUCGAUAUUUUUGAAUCAUUUUUUGGUGAAUCAAAUGGGAUUUUUGCCGGCAGAGGGGGCUUAGAUGGCACUAACUUCAAUUUCAGGAGUAACUGGCAUCAGGAUGCGAAUAUUCGAUAUGAUCUCCCUUUGAGUUUUGGAGAAUCCAUAUUUGGAGUACAAAAGGACAUUAAUAUUUCCCGUUUUGAAACAUGUGAUGAUUGUAAUGGUACUGGAGCAAAGUCUAGCAGUGGUUUAAGAAUCUGUGAAGUUUGUGGUGGCAGUGGAGGUGUAAUGAAAUCACAAAGAACCUCGUUUGGAGUAGUGUCACAGGUAUCUACUUGCUCAAGUUGUGGUGGUGAGGGCAAAGUGAUCAUUGAUCGGUGUCAUAGAUGUAAGGGCAAUGGUAGGGUUCAACUAAAGCGAACUAUCAAAGUAGAGGUACCUGCAGGUGUUAGUGACGGAAUGACCAUUCAAGUUCAGGGAGAAGGACACUUUGAUAAGAAAAGGGGAAGAAUCGGCGACCUUUAUGUAUAUCUCCAUAUCAAUGAAAAGCCUGGAAUUCAAAGGGAAGGUCUUAACCUGUACUCGAAUAUAACAAUUGGCUAUACAGAGGCUCUUCUUGGGACCAUAGUCGAGGUAGAGACUGUAGAGGGUUUGAAGGAGCUUACAAUUCCUCCAGGAAUCCAGCCUGGGGAGUCAAUAAAGAUGCCCUAUAUGGGUGUUCCACAUCUCAAGAAACCCUCUAAUCGAGGCGAUCAUCAUUUUGUAGUGAAUGUUGUCAUCCCAAAAAAUAUCAGUGAUGAAGAGCGCAAGCUCAUUGAACAGUUGGCUUCUUUCAGGACAUCCAGUAAAUUUAGUUCCAAAACAUCAGAUGAAAGCCUUCAAGGGAAACAAGCCAGUAGAAAGAAAGGAAGCCCACGAGACCAUGUUCCCAUGCAAGAGAUUAACGCAGGAAAUUCCUUCUGGAAGUCUAUUAAGAAACUUUUCAGGCCCAAACGAUCUGAAACCAAGUUUGGAUCAAUGAGCUUAGAAUUGUUGCCCCAUACCAGGAACCCUCUCGCUAAAUCUGGUCCUUUUGGUAUAUUCCCUUCGGUAUUUAUUCUAAUUAUUAUCUCUUGUUCAUUGAUAAUGAGAAUUGUUUCCAGCAAACUGAAACAGAUGUUUCAAUUUGAUUGAUUUAGAUAGCAAGUAAUGUAUGUUUGUGAACAUCUUUGUUGGCCUAUUUAGUGAGUUUUUUGCUUAUU